CAAGGAGACAAAUCCGGAAUUAAAGAUAAAUGUGUUGAAUCUCUUAUUGAAACCCAACUAGACAAAGAAGGAGAAAAAUAAUUAAAAAAAAAAUUAGAACGAAAGAAAGAAGAAAAGAGAAAAAACACCAGGGACAAAGAAAAAGGCAGCCAUUGGCAUCAACUACUUUUUAGCUUUUGCCAUCAACUUACUGCCUCUAGAUUUUUUUUUGUCAAAUCUGAAACAUCGAGCUCAUUUAGACCAGCCCAGAAACAUAAAAAGCACGAAAAGCACAAAACAACGUCAAAUCCACAUCAAACGAAAACAACGAAGUUUUUAUUUUUGUUUUUGUUUCUGUCAUUUUCUCCAUUCCCUCCAUUCUGCUUCUGGAGAUAACAAACCGCGAGAGGGAGGGAAAGAUAGUUUCAUUUGGGUAUUGAUGGAUGAACCCAAAGAAACAAGAACAAUGUAGCGGGGAGAGGAAGAAAGAGAAAUGGAGUGAGGCAGGGAUAUGAGCAAAGAAAAAGUUGGCAUUGCAAAGGUCUGGGAAGCAACAGUACGAAAAUCACAAGCUAUUGCCAAGAAGAAAACAACCAUGUCCGUAGCACAUGCCGACGACGACGAACCUAGUCCAGGCCAAGUCUACCACGCCGAGAAAGUCCUCGUCAAUGGCGAUUUUUACACUGGACAAUGGAUGGACAACUUACCACAUGGCCACGGCAAGUACUUUUGGACAGAUGGUUGCAUGUACGUUGGUGAAUGGCAAGGCGGAAAGACCAUGGGCAAGGGCAAGUUCAGCUGGCCCUCUGGGGCCACCUAUGACGGUGAGUUCAAGAAUGGAUAUAUGGAUGGCAGAGGGACUUACAAGGGUUCUUCUGGGGAUAAAUUUAGAGGUCAUUGGGUGAUGAACAUGAAGCAUGGACAAGGAACUAAGAGCUUCGCCAAUGGAGAUCACUACGAGGGUGAAUGGAGGCGUGGAUUGCAGGAUGGAAAAGGGAAGUAUCAAUGGAAGAAUGGGAACCAUUAUAUUGGGCAGUGGAGUAAUGGAUUAAUGAAUGGGAAUGGGACGAUGGUUUGGAGCAAUGGAAAUAGGUAUGAUGGGUUUUGGGAAGAUGGUUUUCCCGAAGGGAAUGGGACUUUUAGGUGGGCAGAUGGGGGCUUAUAUUUGGGGGUGUGGAGCAAGAAUGGCAAAGAUCAGAAUGGUACUUAUUAUCCGCCCGGGAAUUCAGAUGGGAAUUUGGAUUGGGAUCCUCAGGAGGUUUUUGCUGUGGCUUUGCAUGAUUGUAAAACUUGUGCUGAGGAAAAAGUGUUGAUUUUUCCUUCUCAGAAGAUGUUGAAUUGGCCCGGGGUUGAGGGGGAGUUCUUUCGGAAGCAGCCUAUACAGAGGAAAGGGAAUGAUGGGAGUGUGAGGCCUAAGUGGAUGUCAAUGGAUGGGAGGGUGAGUAAUUAUAACUGGGAGAAUGAUGAGGAUAGUGAUUUCAAUGGAGUUGGGGGAUUGGGAAAUCCUCAGCUUGACGAAACGGUUAAGAAAGGGAACGGAUCGACGCCGUUGAGAAUAAAGUCACUGAAGAGACAGGGGGUGACCAUAUCGAAAGGACAUAAGAAUUAUGGGCUCAUGCUAAAUCUGCAGCUGGGGAUAAGACAUUCUGUUGGAAGGCCUGCUCCAAAGACAACCCUUGAUUUGAAGGCUUCUGCUUUUGAUCCCAGGGAAAAAGUGUGGACGAGAUUUCCACCAGAAGGAUCCAAGCACACACCCCCUCACCAAUCUUGUGAAUUCAAAUGGAAGGACUACUGCCCAGUGGUUUUCAGGACUCUCAGGAAAUUGUUCAAGGUGGAUACGGCAGAUUACAUGAUCUCGAUUUGUGGGAAUGAAGCCCUUAGGGAGCUCUCAUCCCCCGGAAAAAGUGGAAGCUUUUUUUACUUGACCAAUGAUGACCGGUACAUGAUAAAAACCAUGAAGAAGGCAGAAGUAAAAGUGCUCCUACGGAUGCUCCCAGCCUACUACAAGCAUGUCCGUGCCUUCGAUAACACCCUAGUCACGAAGUUUUAUGGUCUUCAUUGUGUCAAACUGACUGGGGCUACUCAGAAGAAGGUUCGGUUCGUCGUUAUGGGGAAUCUGUUCUGCACUGACUAUGCAAUUCACAGGCGGUUUGACUUGAAAGGUUCCUCCCAUGGUCGCACAACCGUUAAACCUGUGGCAGAAAUUGAUCCAACAAUAACCCUCAAGGACCUUGAUCUCAAUUAUAUAUUCAGGUUGCAGAAAGUUUGGUUCCAAGAGUUCUGCAGGCAAGUGAACAAGGACUGUGAAUUUCUCGAACAGGAGAGGAUUAUGGACUACAGUCUAUUGGUUGGUCUUCACUUCCGAGAGACUUCGAGUAAGGAUUCCCUCAUGUCUAGGAGCCGCCCCCCUGGAGGACAUGGAGUUCCUGAAAAUGCUGAUGCUCCUUGCCUGUCCAGUGCAGACGUGGACCAGCUUCUUUUUGAUCCUGCUCGUAGGGCGCCCGUUAAAUUAGGUACAAACAUGCCAGCACGGGCUGAACAGACAGUAAGGAGUGACUUUGAAACUCAGCUAGUUGGAGAAUCGACUGGAGAGUUAUAUGACAUUACCCUUUACUUCGGUAUAAUUGACAUACUACAAGACUAUGAUAUUACCAAAAAGCUCGAGCACGCUUACAAAUCAUUCCAAUAUGAUGCAACUUCAAUAUCUGCUGUUGAUCCAAAGCAAUACUCAAAACGGUUUCGUGAUUUCAUCUUCAGAAUUUUUGUAGAAGACACUUGAAGGUAUAGCCUAUUUUCAUAUUUUCCAACUUUCAGCUGGUGGCCACCCAUGUGAAAUGACUUCACUCAACAGCAAAAGGUUACUAUUUGGCCAUUGACAUGAUCUUUGGAGGAGGCUGUUUUCUGGCUGCCAGAAUUGCAUGCUCUGUGAAUCCCAUCUUGCAUCUUUCCCCUAAUCGUCUUCUUUAAAUAUCGCUACGAAGCAGCACGAUAUGUUAUAGUAAAGUUUUAGAUGAAAGUUGUAAUUAGAGCUCUUCAGCCUCCUCCAAUUGUAAAUGAAUUGAAAAGCGAAUCUAUACUGGAAUUGAUCAUUUUUGUAUCCAAUUUUUCCAGAAAGUGAGGAGUCUCUGGGAAUUCGGCAUUGAAUAAUGUGUACAGGAGUUCCAAGUAGUCAUUUAUGUACAAAGAUUUAGGUGGUCCAUAUUCUGUAAUGUUAUUCUUGAAUCUCACCAAG